CUCCUUCCGGAAGUUCCGUGUUUGUCCGUUGGAGAUAUAAAUAUUAUCAUGGCGUCGGUGACUUUUCGCGACUGUUUUCUCUGCGUUUCUGCUUUAAUUACCUUUGUGUCCGUGUUCGUGACCGGUGCAGACUUCGUUCGCUUCGUGUCGUUUCGUGCCAUCUAUCACAACCUGAGCGGGGCCGCGCCUCUGUGUCGAGACUCUGUGCCCUGGUCCGUGGCUCUGCGGGAUGUGGUGGUGCUGAAGGCGGUGGCUGUGGAUGUUUUCCUUCUGUUCCUCUUCAGUGUCCAGCACAGUCUGCUGGCCUGGACUCCGGUGAAGCAGGUCUGUCAGAAAGUGUUUGGGGUUUUAUCCAGAUCCGUGUACUGCUUCACCACCGCCGCAGCUCUGCAGAUGUUGAUGCAGUACUGGCAGCCGGUCACCAGCGCCCCCUGCCUGUGGUCAGUGCGCACUGCACCCUGGGAUAUCUGGUUCCCGCUCAUCUGUUUCAUUUUACACUUCCUGUGCUGGGCCAUCAUCUGCAGUAUCCUGCUCAUCUUCGAUUAUCCCGAACUACUGGGCAUCAAACAGGUGUAUUAUGAGUGUCUGGGUCUGGGCGACCCUCUCCUGCUGAAGUCUGAACGAGCGCAGCGGCUCUACGCUCACCUCAGGCAUCCCGUCUGUGUGGAGCUGCUCACGGUGCUCUGGCUCCUCCCCACGUUCCCUCUGGACCGGCUCCUGCUGGCCGUGUACCUGUCCGUUUACCUGAUCCUCGCUCACUCGCUGGACACCCAGGACUGCAGCUACCUGCGCCGCCAGCUCCGCAGCAAACUGCAGCUCUUCUCCGCACCACUAGAGGGCAGCGAUCAGAGCACCAGCACCAAUAAGACCGACUGAAGGACAGUCAUGGUCAAAUAGUAGUGUAAUGCUGCCUUCAAGUUGUUACGUAGAAAAUCAUUUCAAUAUUUCUGUUCACUGAAAAAGAUUUAUCACUAGUGCAACCGAACGAACAGCAAGUGAUGCAGAUGUAGUGAGUAACUGAGGCUUUACUGUGCAUUUGAUCAUUUUUGUGCUGAAACAGAGGAUGAUGGGAAAUGUAGUUUUGUUGCACAAGCAUCUUGCCUCUAAACCAACUAUAUUGUAGUUCAUCAACAGUAAACAAAUGCACACAAACUAAAUUGUGAUGUUAACAGUUAAAACUUAUUAUAAUAAAAAAUAAAAUCAAAUAGCUUGCACCUUGAUGCUUUAAUUGUCCUGCCACUUUCUGACUUUGGGUGACAUAUGGUCAUACUGAUGUGACUUGAAGGCAGCAUUACAAUUAAAGCUAUGUUUGGGAUGAAAUACUAGAAUACUGCAUAAUACACACUAUAAUCUGUCCAAAAUAUAUAUAUAUAUUUUUUAAAGUACUUGAAACAUUAUUUGCAUGCAUCAACUUCAGAAUGCAAAAUGUGAUAAUAAAUGCAGAAUAUUGCAUUUCUUAUCAUUACUAAGCAUUUUUUUAUGGUAAAACAAAGCUUUUUGAAUCAUUUGAACCAAUUGCUUAGCAAAAUGAUUAACUUUUUGUCCCCCAGAGCUCUCAAAACAACUUAUGUAAACGCUAACUACGGCCAAAUAUAAAUAAACCCCUUUUAUAAACCAGUUGCAAACUAGUCUGAAUGCAGUUAACACAUCAAAUAUCUCUCUAUAUAAUAAAACAUGUAUAAUAUUGAUCUGAGAUCAGGUAAAAACCAUAGUUCAUCUGAAAUGUUUUGAAACAGUUAUGAUUAAACUGUGAAAUCGAGACUUUAGCAGUUUGUUAUUUGCUGGUUCAAAACAAAUGAUUCACAAAAGCUUCAAAUCUUCAAUCAAAUGUUUAAUUCAGUAAGGUGUUGGCCACUUAUCUCGGAAAUUAAUAUGUUUAUUGUGUAUUUUUGAGCAAUAUGACAGUAUGCCACUCCAAAAUCUGCCAGUAUUUGAAGUCUUCAUCCUUUGUUCAUUUUUUUUCUAUCUGCAGUGUUUACUAUAACUUUCAAAAAUUAGCAUUUACAAAUGAAUAGUUAUAUAGAUAGCCAACUUACUUGGGGGGGAAAACAAAGACAGAUUGGAUGAAGUUAUUUUGGUCAUUUGUAUCUUUUUAUAACGACUUUUGUACAACCAGAGUUUUGCAUCUUAAUGCAUGUUUUUAUAUAACACAUUUAUUUUUGCAAAUACUUUAGCAUCGCACAACUAAGAGGUGAUGGGGUCAAUGCUGCGUUAUGUACCGAGCUCCUGUGUUUUUCAUGGUUAAGUGUCAUACUACUGCAAAACAUGCCUUUAUUUUAUGGAAAUGUUCAAUGCUUGAAGCGUGUUUACAUAAUGACCUCAGAAUUUGGUACAGAAUGUAUUUUUAUAUGGUCAAUAAACUUGAAAUUACUUUUGUAGAAGUAUGAAAAAAUGCACUGUUGUUAGAGCUAAAACCGUUAUUAAACUUUCUUUAUUGACUUGAUUAUAUGGCUUUUUUCUGUACCAUAAUGUGUGUUUUAUAAGGUUAUCAUAUUUGCUAAAUAAUGCGGAAUAAAUAAAAUGCUGCAAGAAA